ACAACUUUGCUACUAGAACCGGACCCAAGUUUCGGGAGUUCAAGUAGUUGUGUCCAGGCCCAAUACCCAAACCUUGCAAGUUGCAACGUACGAGGUGAUUCCUUAUCUUAUCCAUAACACUUGUCCUGAAAUCCAAUCGAUUGGAACCCUUGUUUGUGAUAUAUAUGAGGUAAGAACUCCAACCAGCAACAUCACCUUCUCAACUGCCAACUUCCAAUUUGGUUUGGUCACCUUGCUUGCUCCCUGCACAUUUACAGCCACUCUCUCCAUCUUUCCAAGUUUUAUGCAAAACGAUUGUCCAUGACUUGAGCGCAGAAACACCAUCAAUGACAAUAGUUUCCACCAAGUUCUUGCCUCAGAACCUCCACGCAACCACCGCCCUGCUGAAACUCACUUCCCAUUCACCUCACACCAACGCUGCUGUGAGCUGCAGAGUGUGUAUUUCAUCAAAUGGUAGAAACAGCUCCAGAAACCUAACAAAGGUAAUGGUUUCUGCUGAAACAAAACCAACCCAUUUGCCAAACUAUGAUAUCAAAGAGACCCAUUUGAUCAAGGUCCUUAGCAGGUCUUGCAAAGCAGGCCAGUUCAACGAGUCACUUUACUUUCUUGAGCUUAUGGUGAACAAGGGCUACAAACCUGAUGUCAUUCUUUGCACAAAGCUCAUUAAAGGGUUCUUCAAUUCGAGAAAUAUCGAAAAGGCCAUCCGGGUUAUGCAAAUCUUGGAAAAAUAUGGUGAACCUGAUUUGUUUUCAUACAAUGCAUUGAUUAGCGGGUUCUGCAAGGCAAAUCGGAUUGAAUCAGCAAACAAAGUGCUUGAUAGAAUGAGAAGUCAGGGAUUUUCACCUGAUGUUGUGACCUACAAUAUAAUGAUAGGGAGUCUUUGUAGUAGGGGCAAGCUUGGGUUAGCUUUGAAGGUCAUGGAUCAGUUGGUGAAGGACAAUUGCAGGCCAACUGUGAUUACCUACACAAUCUUGAUAGAAGCAACCAUUGUUGAUGGUGGAAUUGAUGAAGCCAUGAAGCUUUUAGAUGAGAUGCUAUCAAGAGGGCUUAAACCUGACAUGUAUACUUACAAUGCAGUUAUUAGAGGAAUGUGCAGAGAAGGGAUGCUGGAUAGAGCUUUUCAGUUUGUUAGGAGCUUAGAUUCCAAGGGCUGCCCACCGAAUGUAAUCUCGUAUAACAUUUUGUUACGAGCACUUUUGAAUCGUGGUAAAUGGGAAGAAGGGGAGAAGCUAGUGACUAAUAUGUGUUCAAGAGGUUGUGAGCCUAAUGUUGUGACUUACAGCAUUUUGAUUAGCACGCUGUGCCGCGAUGGCAAAGUUGAGGAUGCGGUAAACGUGUUGAAGAUUAUGAAGAAAAAAGGGUUAACUCCAGAUGCUUAUAGUUAUGAUCCUUUGGUUUCUGCUUUCUGCAAGGAGGGGAGAUUAGAUUUAGCAAUAGAGUUCCUGGAUUACAUGAUAUCUGAUGGUUGCUUGCCAGACAUUGUUAACUACAAUACAAUCUUGGCUGCUUUGUGUAAGAGUGGAAAAGCUGAUCAGGCUUUGCAAAUCUUUGAGAACCUAGGUGAAGUGGGAUGCCCUCCAAAUGUGAGUUCCUACAACACCAUGUUCAGUGCACUGUGGAAUUGUGGAGACAGAGUAAGAGCUCUGGGAAUGGUAUCAGAGAUGGUAGGCAAGGGAAUUAAACCUGACGAGAUUACUUACAAUUCACUCAUAUCAUGUUUGUGCAGAGAUGGGAUGGUAGAUGAGGCUAUUGGGUUGUUGGUAGACAUGGAAACUGGCGGUUUUCAGCCGACAGUUAUCAGUUAUAACAUUAUUCUUCUUGGAUUGUGCAAAACACGUCGAGUUGUAGAUGCCAUUCAAGUGCUCACGGAAAUGGUUGAAAAGGGAUGUCGCCCGAACGAAACCACCUACAUUUUAUUGAUUGAAGGAAUUGGUUUUGCAGGAUGGCGAGCUGAAGCUAUGGAGCUUGCCAACUCGGUUUUUAGUUUAAGGGCUAUUUCUGAAGAUUCGUUCAAACGUUUGAAUAGAACCUUUCCCAUGCUUGAUGUUUUCAAAGAGCUUACCCUGUCUGAGAUUAAGAACUAGCUUUUGGUAUAUAUUUCAGUGCAUUUUCAGUCUCUCAUGGACUUUUCUGAAUGUGUUCUUGCUAGUUUUGCAUGGUGCCCUGAAAUCAUUCCAUGUUAACUGAGAGUAGAUCCUGAAUGUGCAAAGGGUUCAGAUUACAAGUGCGGCAUCCUUAUAAAGGAAAAGGAAUGAGUUGUAGCAGGUAAUUCAGCGAUGGACUACAAAUGAAACAAACAUAUGCAGCUGGAUUAAAAGACCAUUUUAGGUUCCAGACGAAGUUCGAGGUUGUGCCCACUCAACAAUGAGCAAAUUGCAUUGCAGGGCAGAUUUGGCAAUACCUGGAGGGUUGAUCUUUUGCUUUGCAACACAGCACAGAAGAACAUAGCAAACUUUAGUUUGUUUUUUAAACCUUUUCAAUUUUAUUUACUAAUGCAAACAUUUGCUCUAGAGACAUGUUUUUCUCCUUUUAUAGUAUCUAGUUUGUUUUUCCUUCCUAACAU